AUGUCUGGGGUGACUAAGGAUGGGGGAGAACCUGAGGUGGAGGAGCAACAGCAGCAGCAGCAGCAGCAGCAGCAGCAGCAGCAGCAGCAGCAGCAGCAGCAGCAGCAGCAGCAGCAGCAGCAGCAGCAGCAGCAGCAGCAGCAGCAGCAGCAGCAGCAGCAGCAGCAGCAGCAACAGCAGCAGCAACCGCAGCAGCAGUAG